UGUGUAUAGUGUGAGGCCAUUUACCUGUGGUAUUUGGUGUUGUUUUUUUUACUCUUUUGAGAUUUGAGAGAAAGCAACUCCAAAUUCCAAAUACCACAAGUGAUUUGUUCAAUAUUUGAGAGGAAAAAAAAAAUAAAAAUCUCAACUUUUGUUUUUGUUUUUUGCAAGAAAGGGUAUUAAUUGCAUUGCUCUCUCUAUAUUCGUAGCAAUAUAAUUGAGAUUCGAUUUGUAUCAGUGAUUGUUAAACUCUCAGAUUUUGCUACCAUUAUACAACGUACAUUCAUCGUAUUCUUCAUCUACCCACCCUACCUUUCUUGUUCUCUUUCCAAAAACAAAAGGGGCUAUUUCUAUUUUCAUUCUCCCUAUAAUUAUGAUUGAUCAUUGAUUUUAUUUUAUUUUUUCCUACUUUUCAUCAAUAAAGUAAAAAGUUUUCGACAUUCUUUAUUCUUUUAUCGUCAUAAUAGGAGUGGAAUCGGUUCUGAUUUCCAUUGAUUCUUCAAGGAAAAAAAAAUAGAAAUUCGGAGUAUCUGAGAAUCCCGAAAUUUUAUUAUUAUUAUUUUUUUUUUGUAAAACAGCCGUUACAGUCAAAGGUAAAGAAAUUAAAAAAGUUUCCAGCUGUAAAAAAUAUCAGAAAAUUAAAUUAUUUUCAGUGGGGGAAAAGAAAUUUAUUAUUUCUCUACAAUCAUUGCCAGCCGCUGCAUUUACACCUCACAAUCUUCCAACAAUAAAUAAAAUAUUAAAAUUAAUAAAAAGUUGCCAUCUGAAAAAAAGACAGAAAAAAUACAGCUCCAGAAGUUGAUUGCUCACAAGAAACCCAUCCCUUUUCCACCACCAUGGCCUCACCGCUGCCUCCAAAGUUUCAAAUAUAAUUCCGAAUUUCAAACCAAAUAACUCCUUAUUUGCCGACCCUUUUGAACUCCGUCUCCCAUUUUUAUUAUGGCAGCAGCAGCCACUCAAACAACCGGGACGACAACCAUGGCUCCAACAAGGAGUUUGAGCAGCAACAAGAAGGAAUUACAAGGUUUGAUUUUGGGGAGAUACGAGGUCGGGAAAUUGUUGGGGCACGGUACUUUUGCAAAGGUGUAUCACGCUAAAAACAUCAAGACGAGUGAGAAUGUAGCCAUCAAGAUUAUUGAUAAAGAGAAGAUUUUGAAAAUUGGGCUGAUUGCACACAUCAAGCGAGAGAUCUCCAUCUUGAGAAGAGUAAGGCAUCCUAAUAUUGUUCAAUUGUUUGAGGUAAUGGCUACCAAGUCUAAGAUCUACUUUGUUAUGGAAUAUGUUAAGGGUGGGGAGCUUUUUAAUAAGGUUGCCAAAGGGAGGCUUAAGGAAGAGGUAGCUAGAAAAUAUUUCCAGCAAUUGAUUUCUGCUGUAGCUUUCUGUCAUGCUCGUGGUGUGUAUCAUAGGGAUCUUAAGCCUGAAAAUAUUUUGCUGGAUGAGGAUGGGAACCUUAAAGUGUCUGAUUUUGGGCUUAGUGCUAUAUCUGAACAAAUUAAGCAAGAUGGUCUUUUUCAUACUUUCUGUGGAACUCCAGCUUAUGUGGCUCCCGAGGUUUUGGCUAGAAAAGGUUAUGAUGCAGCUAAAGUUGAUAUUUGGUCAUGUGGGGUGAUUUUGUUUGUGUUGAUGGCCGGGUAUUUACCCUUUCACGAUCAGAAUGUUAUGGCUAUGUAUAAGAAGAUCUAUAAAGGUGAGUUUAGGUGCCCCAGAUGGUUUUCACCUGAAUUGUCUCGGUUUUUGUCUCGAAUUCUUGAUACAAAUCCUGAAACUAGAAUUACAAUUCCACAGAUAAUGGAAAAUAGAUGGUUUAAGAAGGGGUUUAAACAUGUGAAAUUCUAUAUUGAGGAUGAUAAGAUGUGCAGUGUACAUGAUGAGGUGAGCUUAGGUGAGAAUGAGAAUAACAAUAGUGGAUUUGAGUCUGAUCAGUCAUUGUCUGAGUCAGAUUCUGAAAUACAAACUAGGAGAAAAUUGGCAAGUAUGCCUAGGCCAGCUAGCUUGAAUGCAUUUGAUAUCAUCUCAUUCUCAAGUGGUUUUGAUUUGUCUGGGUUGUUUGAGGAAGGAACUGAUGGGGCAAGGUUUGUAUCCGGUGCUCCUGUGCCGAAGAUUAUAUCCAAGUUGGAAGAAAUUGCCAAAGUUGUUAGUUUUACGGUGAGGAAGAAGGAUUGUAGAGUAAGUUUGGAGGGGUCGAGGGAAGGUGCUAAGGGCCCAUUAACGAUUGCAGCUGAGAUAUUUGAAUUGACGCCCUCAUUGAGAGUUGUGGAAGUGAAGAAGAAAGGAGGCGACAAAGGAGAAUAUGAAGACUUUUGUAAUCGGGAACUAAAACCUGGAUUGCAAAAUUUAAUGGUAGAAGAUCAUGCUUUGCCAUCAGAUACUGAGUAGGCAGAUAAGAUACUUUUCUGUUUUUUCUUCGCUGUUCUUUUGGCGAUAUCUUAGCUUUUGUACCAUAAGUAUUUCAUUUUCUUUAUUCCGUUUCUAAUGAAGAAACUUGAGUAACCUUGUGUUUCCCCUUUGUAUCUGUAGGCAAUGUUAAUGAUGUAGAAGUUGAGAAACGCAGUUGUAGAGUUAAUGACAUCAAAUUUCCCAUGUGUUUUGAUAUCCUAGUCUCAGUUUAUGAAAUGAAUCGAUCCCUUGUAACUUUGUUUGUUUUUUUCUGACCUAAUAGAGCACAUCCGAGCAACUGAAGUUUUCUUAGACACCUGAGUUUACUGUCAAUGAACUUUGUGUGCCUGUUGGUAAUGCAGUAAGAAUCCUUUAAUUUCCAGUUUUAGUAAAUGGAAUUAGUUAUAGC